CAAAGCAAUCUUAGAUCGACACACGGAUAGGUUGAGAACAGAUGAAUCCUUUUGUGAAGGUAUUUCUUUAAAACGGUGCGAGCGUAAUGUAAACUUUAUCCACAUUUCGGUAAUUGAAUAGUGCAUACCGUAUUUUUUGCAUUAAUUUAAUUUUGGAAAAUAUGAAAAUGUAAACAAUUUUUGGCAGUUUGCUAAACACAUUUGAGAUUAUGAUUGACAUAUGGGUAGGCGGGGCACGGAAUUAGUUCGAGUGGAUAAUUCCUUCAGUAAUUGAGACUCAGUUUUGAUGGAUAUUCAAGAGCCGUUCUAUCCUUUGACAAAACAAUUGGUUGCCAAUCAAAUAAACGCUAAACGCAUAUGUAUCAGUAGUGUGAUAGAUAUCAUUAUAUUGGUGUGUAUGUAACGGAUUGCACAAACUCUUGGGAAUGUUUAAGCUAGGCUUUCACUUAAUUGUUACUUUUCACACCUUAUUUAAGUUGCGCUUAUAUUCUAAGUAAACAUUUUAUUUUGUAUAUUUAUUGUAAACAUUUUAUUUGCUAAGUAUUCUCUCACAUUUGAAAAGGAUAAAAGGGCACGUAUCGAAAGUAGAUUUUCAUUUUUCAAAGUGAUUUUGUCACGGACGUUCUCAUUGGCGGAUUAACGAUUCAGUGUGUUACUACGCGGGUAAAGUCCCAAAGGCGAAACGGAAGAUGCGUGUGUCAUUGCUUUUAUUGCAUUUUGAGCUUCAGUUCACAUAAAAUAGUCCUUAUCUAGAUGCUCUGUCAAUUAGAUAGGUUUUAAAAUUUCAACGAUAACUAUUGUACUAGCUGGAGUUAAAUCAUACGGAAUUGGAUCUUUGAGUCAAGUGUAUACGACAAUAAUUACAACAUAUACAUUUCAACAGGAUUUUAUAACAAUUUUUAACAAAUAUACUUUGUAAAUAUUCUUCGGAAUUUUGCAGUAACAGUGCGAAUUUUUGGAGUAUUUUUGCUCGCAAAAAAUAAAUAACAAAAAAACUUGGGUUUUAUUAAUUAAAAUGUGAACGGAAAAUACAUAUAAGCAAAAGAUGAAAGGAGCAGUUAUAUGAUUGAGUAUUCCAGAACGGUGAACAGAUGGCUGAUUUUAUCAUCAUUCUUUGAGAUAAUGAAGUCUGUAAGCGGCACGUGAGGUGGCCAGGGUGAAUAUAAAACAAUUAUUCCCGUCAUAUUACAUUAUUUGAAGGAUUUAUUUGUGUUUUGGGAAAAAAUAUAUAUCUAUCGGAUGGAUCAUUAAAAUAAAUGGAGGUAUAAGUUUUGUAAAUAAAGUCAGUUCUGUGUUAAUGUUUUCAUGCUUUUAUAAGAAAUCAUCAAAGAGGACAGACAUGACUAGAUAUAUGAAGAUGGAGUCAUUUUUUCCACUUGGAUUAUUAUAUCUUAUAGUUUCUGUGUCGUGCAACGCGUCAUUUCUAGACAUUUUUACAGACAACCAAAUUCCCGACGACCCGUGCUACGACGAGGUUGACGAACCAAAAAGAUGCAUUCCUGACUUUAUUAACGCCGCGUUCGGUAAAGAAGUUGAGGCUUCGAGCACGUGCGGAAACCCGCCAAGCCGAUACUGUACGUCCAGUUCCGACCUAGAGGAUAAUAUUAUUAGAAGUUGUUAUAUAUGCGAUGCUAAUCAUAACAAGAGGCAGCAUCCGUCAUCAUAUCUAACAGACCUCAACAAUCCAAAUAAUUUGACAUGCUGGAUGUCGGAACCGUUCGUGCAAUUCCCGCACAAUGUUACUUUAAAAUUAUCUUUAGGCAAAAAAUUUGAAUUGACUUACGUAAGUUUACAAUUUUGUUCCGCAAAACCAGAUUCCAUGGCUAUUUUUAAAAGUAUGGAUUAUGGUAAAACAUGGAUUCCAAUACAGUACUAUUCCAGCGACUGUAAGAAAAUGUACCAAAAAUCUUCUCGUGCGGUGGUCUCCAAAGCGAACGAGCAAGAAGCCCUCUGCACAGAGGCUUACAGUAGCAUAGACCCGCUGAGCGGCGCACGGGUCGCAUUCAGCACGUUAGAAGGUCGUCCUUCUGCCUAUGACUUUGACAACAGUCCAGUGUUACAGGAUUGGGUAACUGCCACUGAUAUCAUUAUAGUUUUCAACAAGCUUAAUACGUACGGCGAUGAGAGAAAUCAAGCUGUGAUUGCACGUGAAAGUUACUAUUACGCUUUGUCGGAUUUUGCUGUCGGCGGUAGAUGUAAAUGUAAUGGACAUGCAUCCAAAUGUAUUACCGACCGCGAUGGUAACCUUGUAUGUGACUGUAAACACAACACCGCCGGGCGGGAUUGUGAAAAAUGCAAACCUUUCCAUUAUGACCGCCCAUGGGCACGUGCAACUGCUCGGCAACCAAACGAAUGUAUUGCCUGUAACUGUAACCUUCACGCCAAGCAUUGUCGAUUUAACAUGGAGCUGUACGAAUUGUCGGGAUACACAAGUGGCGGCGUGUGCCGGAAGUGCCGACAUCAAACCGAAGGCCGGUAUUGCAACCACUGUAAGGAGGGGUUUUACAGAGAUAAAAGAAGGGAUAUUACCCAUAGAAAAGCUUGCAAAGCAUGCGACUGUCAUCCAGUUGGGGCCCUUGGUAAGACGUGCAAUGCAACUACUGGACAAUGUCCGUGUAAAGACGGGGUCAUCGGCCUAACCUGUGAUAGGUGUGCACCGGGAUAUCAACAAAGUAAAUCGCCAAUCGCCCCUUGCAUAAAAAUACCUCAAAAGCCAGGACCAGGUCCACGUCCAGACAAACCAGACCGCGGUGCUUGUGACAAUAAAUGUAAUAACAACAAAAAAUUGAAACUGAAGAAAUACUGCAGACGACACUUUGCUGUAAAAGCAGAAGUUGUUGCCAAACAAAAUGUUGGAGAAUGGGUUAAAUUUACCGUCAACAUCCUGAGCAUCUACAAGAAAUCCCCGGACAAGAAUCUAAAUAGGCGUGGCGAGACGUUACUGUGGGUACCAAAACAAGAUCUGCGAUGUAAAUGUCCAAGAAUUAAACUUAAAGAAAAGUAUUUAAUAGUUGGAAAAUUGAAUCCAACUGUGUCUAGACCUGGCUUAGUCGCAGACAGGCGAAGUAUUGUUCGGGCUUGGAGAACAAAAUGGCAGCGCCGGUUACGGAAAUACAUGAAAGCGGAAGCACGUGGUAAAUGUCGGCGCGUGGGGUAUGACGAAGACUAACGUAUUACAUGAUAUCUAAAAAUAUAUGUAAAUAUUUAAUAUACCUCAUUUUCCGUGAUAAAUUUUACAGAACAUGGAAAGACAUUUUUUAUGAAAACGAAAAAGAUUGUCCCGAAACUAAAGUUGAAAAGACAUGUACUGGGAUAAAACAAAUACUCAAAGUAGUGAGAGAGGACUGUGAAGCGAAAAGUGUGAAUGGAAAAAUCUGACUUUUUGUGUGAUGAUUCAAUGUUGGAAGACUAAAUUAGACAGUGAUUAUCACAAUACAUUACAGGUGAUACUGUUAAUUUAUAGUUUUUAUUUACGUUUUAAAAGCUGUUGUGUAUGUGCUUGUCAAAUUCAGUUGAAGCGGCGCUUUUCUUCCAUUAUCAGAAAAGCUAUAAAUAUGUGGUUGUGAAACGAUGUUUAUUUUCUUUAUAAAAAAAAGUUUAUUUACUAUAGAUAGCAUUUCUGACUUGUUAUUGUGACAUUUAUAGUAAAAUUCAUCGUGUAAUUAGUGAAAAUUACGAAGAAAAGUGUUAGUAGACAUUGCUAUUGGAAGGCAAUUUAGUUUACGGAUAUAAAAGAGAAAAUGUACACGUGGCGUAACAUGUGACGUAAUCUGACACGUGAUUCCGUCAACGUUAACGAAGUAUUCGGAAUAUUGCAGAUGAUAUUGACAUUAAGCACGUGACUGCGGGAGGCAGACACGUGACUUUGAGACACGUGGUAGCAGAGAGGCCAGUAGUGAUAGAUUUUUGCUAAAGUAGGAUAUAAUUAUGUAUCCUACACAACCUUCACUUGGUACACUUAUAGAAACACUGCAAUUUUAUUAUUAUUCUAUAUGUAAUGAAAAUUGUUCAUGUUUGCUUUAACAAUACAUAUAUUCCCAUACAUUAUAAAAGCUUGUUUAUGACAUGAAAUUUUAGAAAAAAGAGCACCUUUAAAAGUAUUUCCCUCCUAUCUUUGAUUAACUUGUAUAAAACUAUCAAAAAUUAAAAAUCAAUGUACUAUGAUACAUGUUUUUACAAUCGUUAAAGUUUAUUUUAUGCUAGACACUAUUUUCACUGUGUUGAACUUGCUAAGUAGUAAACCAUUUAUUUCUUGUCAAAGUUUUUUUCUUGUGUAUUUUGAUUUUUUCCAGGUAACGUUUAAAGUGAGAUAAAAGCAAAUUCGUAGAUAACCGAUGAUUUUCUAAAAUCAUUAUCUAUAUUUUUGCAUUUGUGUACCUUUUUUCCGGAAAAUUAGACACCUUUAUUUGCAAAAGAAAAGUAAAUAAUAAAGUAUGAUAUGAAAAAAAACACUGCAAUUUAUUUCUUACUACAAUAUUCGCACUUUCAUAUGAACUCUUUUAGUAUUUAUAAAUUAUCUAUCUAAUGUUUCAUGCAUAGACGCAUUUAUUUCUCAAUCUUGCACGCACGCCAGACAGAAUCUGAAAUUACCUAGAAGUGAAUGAAUAAAGUAUCAACAGAACAUACUAAUAUUGACAAAAAAAUUAUAAUUCAUUACUGAGGAAUUUUUUUUAUAUAAAAGGUGUUGUUAAAACUGUGUUCAAGUCGAAAUAAUUUUAGUUUUAAGAAUUUUCAUAGCUUUUUUUCUAAAGAAUACUUUAGCUACUGAAUCGUCAAAUUUGUAGAAUAAUAAACCGGUUUUAAAAUACAAAAUUUUGUUACACAAUAUCUUUUAUUUCAAAUCUAUUUUUAUCAGGGUUUUUAAUGGUAAAACGAUGAUCGGCCUGAUGUAAGGUUCGUUUUGUUAAAUCUUGUCAUACACGUAUAUUGUCCAAUAAGUUAUAUUUGUAGGACUUUCUGUUCUUUUAAUGCAAAACACAGCUUAUCAAACAACAUUUUAGCUCGUGUCGCAAUGAUAUUAUAUUUUCACAUCGUACAGUACCCUUAAAAUAAACUCAUAAUAAAAAUAAAUACUGUUUUUCAAAACAUUUAAUUUUUCUUGCCUGCAUUAAUGAUUAAUAAAAGGCUUUAGCCAAAGGUCUAAAGUAACACUAUUUGGAAAAUGAACAGUUUGUUAUAGUUAAUUUAAUACGAGUAUUUUCUUUCGAGUAGCGCUGUUUUUCAAUCCAAAUCAGUCCUUGGCUUUGUUGAUACAUUGGGGAGAACCUGGUUGCAUUUAGUAUGAAAUAGAAUAUACUUUAGUUUAGCUAUAUUGUGAGAUUUUCUUUAAGUAUUUAAAUUAUUAAAAAUAAGCAAUCUUCAAAUUAAUAGUAAAUUUGCUUAAUUUUAUUUACAUCCCUUUUCUUACAAAUAAUUUACCCCCGAGCUGUUUCUGCAUCGUAUCUGGCGAAGUAUUUAAGUUUGUUUUACUUUUAAAGGCCAAUAUCCAAUCAUCUACCAUAGAAAAUUUGCUUCUCCCAUUUCUAUUUAUAGAAAUUGACCUUUAAUUUUCAAUAUAAAAUAUGAUAAAUUCAUUUAACCUUUAACCUUCCUCUCAUUAUAUUAUAAGUUUAUGUUUUGAUCAUUUUUGCGUCUAUUGCCUCUUUAACAUUCUCUUACAUUUUAUAUGCACAUUUGAUUUUUAUCUUUGUAAAUAGAGAAUUAAUUAUUUUCUGUAAAAAUUUGGUCAGUUUUUUUUUCAUUUGCGAUCAUAUUUAACUGUUAGUCUUAAAAUAACGACAAUAACUUCAUGUCUGUCUAUACAAUAAAAACAAAACAAACAA